ACCAGUGCACCACUUCAAUGUUGUAACUUUCGUUUCCUGGGUCGGCCGAGUGUCACACAUGAGAGGAUAUUCAUUUUUAUUUUAAACUAAACCACAUACAUAUCAGCCAACAAUUACACUAAGAAAAUGCUCCAAACAUUGUGCCGGACCGGUGGUGCCGUUUUAAAGCAUUCCCAGAGGACAGUGCCCACAGUGCCAGUGUUGUGGGCGACACAAGCCCAGCAGCGAUGGGUAUCCAGUCUACCCAUGAACACUGUGGUUCUGUUUGUACCACAACAAGAAUCCUGGGUUGUGGAAAGGAUGGGCCGCUUCCAUCGCAUCUUGGAGCCGGGCUUGAAUUUCCUUAUCCCAAUCCUGGACAAAAUUCGUUAUGUUCAAAGUCUUAAAGAGAUUGUUAUUGAUGUCCCAGAGCAGUCUGCGGUCUCUUUAGAUAAUGUGACACUACAGAUUGAUGGAGUCCUCUAUCUUAGGAUAUUGGAUCCUUUUAAGGCCAGCUAUGGAGUUGAAGACCCAGAGUAUGCUGUCACCCAACUAGCUCAGACCACCAUGCGCUCAGAGUUAGGAAAACUGAUCCUGGACAAAGUAUUCAGGGAAAGAGAGACCCUAAAUACCAACAUAGUCCACUCCAUAAACCAGGCAUCAGAUGAUUGGGGAAUCCGUUGCCUUCGUUAUGAAAUCAAGAAUAUACAUGUUCCACCUCGUGUCAAAGAGUCCAUGCAGAUGCAGGUGGAGGCAGAGCGUAAGAAGAGAGCCACUGUGCUGGAGUCGGAAGGGCACAAGGAAGCAGCCAUCAAUGUUGCUGAGGGUCGCAAGCAAGCUCAGAUCCUGGCCUCGGAAGGACAGAAAGCAGAACAGAUCAACAAUGCAGCUGGUGAGGCCAAUGCUGUCUUAGCCAAAGCAGAGGCCAAGGCUAAGGCUAUCCGGCUGUUGUCAGAGGCUCUAGCUGAGCAGAAUGGAAACGCGGCAGCCUCCCUCAGUGUGGCUGAGCAGUACGUCUCAGCUUUCUCCAAGCUGGCCAAAGAGUCCAACACCAUCCUGCUGCCCUCCAACUCUGGUGACAUCAGUGGCAUGGUCACACAGGCUAUGGCUAUUUAUGGCAGCCUGGCCAAGCAAAGCUCAAAUAAGAUAGAACGUGUGACCCCAGUGACCCCAGAGUGGGCGAUGGAGAAGAGUGAGGACCCUGCACCACCAGCCCAGUAGUGAAUGAUGUCAAGACCACUCAGUCAGGCACAGAACCAGAAGCCGUGCCUGACUACCACAAGUGGACCAAAGGACACAGAAACAGAAGGACAGGAUAAGAAUGUAAAAACUUUGGGAAUGCUUAACAGCCUGGAAACAUCAACCCAUUUGACACGAUACAUGUCACUUACACAUUGUUUUAUUUUGAAUGAGUGGUAUUGUACACAGUACGUACACACGUUCCAAUUGCAAAUCCACGAGCUAUCGUAUUGAUACUCUUCUCUUGCAUCAACAGAUCAAAGGACUGCAAUGGUAGGUAUGAUAGUACACUGCUAGACUGGUUUAGGGCGUUCUGAAUUAGCUCCUUCAUGCUCCCGGGUAAUAGGAUAUUAUCUUUUUAAAGUGAUGUACUGUUGCUAUGAUAUUCUCCUGCCUUCUUCAUGUCCAAUUAUUUGUCCUUCAUAUGUUUUAAUUUCAUAGUGCCAUGAAUGUUUUAGUUCAUGUAAGUGAGAGCUUGUGCCCUGACAUUAAGAUCAUCCCUGGUUCAGAGCAAGCAGAGAAGGGAACAAAGGUCAGAUUUGAAUAUAUAGUACCAGCCAAAAGUUUGGAGACACCUACUCAUUCAUGGGUUUUUCUUUAUUUUCACUAUUUUCUACAUUGUAAAUUAGUAGUGAAGACAUGUAAACUAUGAAAUAACACGUAUGGAAUCAUGUAGUAACCAAAAAAGUUUCAAAAAUGACCUCAGAUCAAAAUACAUUAUGUAAGUGCAAUGUUUUAUUUCACAUCAAUACCAGAUCGAAAGGGUCAUCUGAAUGAGGAAGGUUUGACAACAUAGGAAAUGUGUAUAUACACAAUGACAAUACACUAUCCUAACCAAAAGACCAAUAAUGGCCUUCCAUGUACAAUUUCAUGAUGAUGCUGUCACUAUUAAAGGAUUUGUGACUGGCUUUAGAGAA